AAGAGCAGCUUGUUCGUUGCCUCCGCCUCCUUUCUCUUUCAUUCCAGCUGGUUAGGUAGCAUUGCGUUGCGACGUGCUCGGGCUUGCUCCUGAUUAGAGGUUUUAUUCAGAGCGUGAGCUCUGUCUCUGUUGCUCUCGGUCGCCAGAUACUACUCUCCGGGUAACCGACUCGAGCCGAGUUGAACAAAUCCAGACCCAGCUGCACCGAUUGCAAUUAGCUCAUAGCCAUGGCUUGGAGAGCCCGCGAGGCCGUGCUUUUGAUAGCUUGUCUCCUCGUCGUAUCACCACCUGUAGUCCAUCCCGCGAACCCCCAUGGUAGUUAUCACCGGCAGACAAGUCCACGAAUUGCGGACAGAAGCAGUGAGGAUGAUCGGCUUCCGAGUAACCGUCUUCCGAAAAAUCGUCAUCACAAGACCGGCGUAGCACAGACGAACUCUCAUCGACUUGGCGAAUUCGAGAGCAACGGUAGGGAUAAUCGCCCGCCCAGAGAUAUUUUCAAUGGCGAUGUGGAGCCGGUGACAUUUCAGCCAUUGAUCGGCGUGCUCUCGCAGCCGGGAAUCGCGGAUAGCCGCGAGAUUGCGCGCGUGUUUAACGCGACAGAGGAAAAUAGCUUCGCGAACCUGUCUUAUAUCGCAGCGUCUUAUGUGAAGUUCAUCGAGGCAGGCGGUGCGAGAGUCGUGCCGAUCAUCUACAACGAGCCGCGCCGCGAGACGAUUAAGAAGCUCCGGCUGGUGAACGGCCUGGUUCUCCCAGGGGGCGACGCGAACAAACGAGGAAAGUUCCUCCGGACAGUGCGGCGAUUGCUGAAGAUGGCCAUGGCUAUGAACGACAAGGGCGACUACUUCCCCAUCUAUGCCGAGUGCCUCAGCUUCGAGAUGCUCACCAUCAUUCUCAGCUCGGGAGGUCGCAAGGUGUUGGAGCCCACCAACGCCAAGAGGCCGAGCACGCUGCAGUUUGUGGGGGAGUGGGCCAAAGACAGAAACAUGUUCGGGUGGAUGCAGCGGAGGCUGGUGGAUCGGCUGGAGAGGGAGAAUCUGACCAUGGAGAACCACAAGUAUGGGCUGACUCCGGAGACAUUCAACGCGGAUGAGGGCCUCGCGUCCUUCUUCAAUAUCCUCACCACCACUGUGGAUGACGAUGGCAAGGAGUACAUAUCAACGGUGGAGGCCAAGAGAUACCCCUUCACUGCCCUGCAGUGGCACCCCGAGAAGAAUGCGUACGAGUGGGGCAACCCCAUCUUCCCACACUCCUCCGACGCCGUUCAAAUCACGCACGCAGCCGGCACGUUCUUCGCCAAUGAGGCCCGCAAGUCCAGCCACAAACCACGCUCGCGGCGCGAGCUGUAUCGCUACUUGAUAUACAACUACGAUCCUGUGUUUACAGGAAAAGAAGGGUCGUUCCACUAUGACCAGGCAUAUUUAUUCCAAUGCAAGAAUGCCAGCGAUACCAUGUGUUACUUUCCUAAAGAUAGGCUCGGAUCACCACUUGAGAAAACAAUGCCUCAAAGGGAAGAAUCGGAUGCAAUAGGACGGGAAGUGGAAUAAGAUAGCACUGGUCUUUUCCACCCACUGUAAUCUUAUUCCCACUCCAGUGCACAUCACUUGUAACACAAAUCAUCUGUCGCGAGCUACCA